AUGACAAGCUUGAUGACGAUGGAAUUCAUUUCGCCUGGAAUGCGUGUUUCUGGCGAUGACGUCAUUAUCGGCAAAACCGUGGCUCUUCCUGAAGUUGACGACGAUCUGGAUGCUAGUAGUAAGAAGUACACAAAACGUGAUGCAUCAACAUUCCUUCGCAGUUCUGAGACCGGAAUUAUUGACCAGGUCAUGGUCUCCCUUAACACUGACGGUAAUAAAUUUGUGAAAAUUCGUGUGCGUUCAGUGAGGUUGCCACAAAUCGGUGACAAAUUUGCAUCACGGCAUGGCCAAAAGGGUACCAUGGGUAUUAUGUAUAGACAGGAAGAUAUGCCAUUCACCUGUGAAGGACUAACGCCUGAUAUCAUCAUUAAUCCACACGCUGUACCAUCUCGUAUGACGAUUGGCCAUUUAAUCGAAUGUCUGCAGGGCAAGCUGUCAGCAAACAAGGGUGAAAUUGGUGACGCGACUCCUUUCAACGAUACUGUAAACGUACAGAAAAUCAGUAACUUAUUGCAAGAAUACGGGUAUCAUUUAAGAGGAAACGAAGUGAUAUUCUUCUUUGGACCAACAUAUUAUCAACGCCUGAAACACAUGGUAGACGACAAGAUCCAUUCACGUGCCAGGGGACCAAUUCAGAUGAUGAAUAGGCAGCCUAUGGAGGGUCGAGCGAGGGAUGGCGGUUUGCGUUUCGGUGAGAUGGAGCGCGAUUGUCAGAUCUCCCAUGGAGCAGCGCAAUUCCUUCGGGAACGUCUCUUCGAAGUGUCUGACCCGUACCACGUGUACAUUUGCAACAAUUGCGGCCUUAUCGUUGUUGCAAACCUCCGAACGAACAGCUUCGAAUGCAAGGCUUGUCGUAACAAGACGCAGGUGUCGGCUGUUCGUAUACCGUAUGCCUGCAAGCUAUUGUUCCAAGAGCUGAUGUCGAUGUCAAUUGCUCCACGGCUCAUGGUGGACGCUUGA